GGGACGCAGGGGGCGUGAUGCUAGUUGUUAGCCUGGCUGCUAACUGCGAGCUAAAGUUGAGUGAACUACUUUCACUUUCUCACAAACAGGAAUAUCCUCUACGGGAUGAGCAGGGCUUCCUGAAAAACGAAACAAGAAGCUGUCACUGUUGUGUCUGCCACUCGUUAGAUGGUAAAUGUAGUUAUUUAACGCUCUUCGGUGACGAUUUGGGCAACUUGUAGCCGGUGGCGUCUUAAAAGUUUUAACCGUUAGUCGUCAAAUUUGAGCAGCUAGCGUUAGCGGCUAGCCCCCUCCGCCCCCCGCUAGCAUGGAUCGCGGCGGAAGCUUGCAGAGUAACGAGGAGAGGGGAGCGGAGAGAUUAAUGGAUGAAUACCUGAAAUCGAUCGGUUUGCAUCGGAAGAAGAUUGCCAAAGACGGGUCGUGCUUGUUUCGGGCUGUCGCCGAGCAGGUGCUGCAGUGCCAAAGCCUUCAUACUGAAGUUCGGGCCAAGUGUGUGGAGUUCCUGAAGCAGAACAGAGAGAGCUACGAGGCGUUUAUUGAAGGAGACUUUGAGGAUUAUCUGUUGAAGCUUCAGGAUCCGCAGCAAUGGGUAGGCGAGGUGGAGAUCAACGCGCUGGCCGUCAUGUACAAGAGGGAUUUUCUGAUCUUCCAGGAACCCGGCAAACCCGCCGUCAACAUCACAGACAACAACUUCAAGGACAAGGUCCGGUUGUGUUUUCUGAAUGGGAAUCACUACGACAGCGUUUAUCCCGUCAGCCACAUUAAGAACACGGCUCUCUGUCAGUCCAUCCUGUACGAGCUGCUGUACGACGGCGUCUUUAAGGUGGACCGGAGUCUUCUGGGUGUGUGUCAGCGGGUCAGCCGACAAUCCGACCUCCUGAGUGACGACAACAUGGCCGCCUGCGCCAGCAGCGACGAGUCGGACCUGGACGCCGGCGAUGCGCCCUGGGUGGAAAAUGGAACAAGUACGUCUGCUCCGAGACACAGCCAGAGUUACAGGGGCCGCGGGCGUGGCCGGCAGCAGCUGCCUGAGAGGGCGAGACGCUCUCUGAACCCAACGCUGUUAAGAAACGUAGAAUACGACGUCUGGCACAAGACCAAGAGAGCGCAACAGAAGCUGGAUUAUUGCAUCGCUGCAGGGAUGCAGUACACUGCAGGAGAUCGCUGCCAGGUUCGUCUUGAGGGCAGCGGACGGAUCUACAACGCGACCGUCAAGGAGGUUCCUCCCAACAACGGUCUGGUGACAGUUUUAAUAGAAGAACUGGGCAAGAAACAGGUGCCUCUGUGGAACCUGCGUCCUCCCAGUGAGGAGGGCAGCUGGAGUACUGUGGGCAACCGAGACAAGAGGCUCAGCAACGGACACGGAGAUUGGGAGGAGAGGGGUCGAGGCAGAGGCAGGGGGAAGCCCGCCCCAGCAUCCUCCUCUGUUGCCCAGGCGACAGCUCCGGGCUCCAGUGGACGCAUGCUGAAGCAGCACUCCUGGCCCCCGCAGGCCACCGUAGAGGAGCAGGGAGCAGCGAGAAGCAACAGGAAGUCCGUGAGCUCGGCCGACUCGUCGCUCUUCGGUCUGACGGAGGAGCAGCGUUUGGCCAAAGAGGAAGAGGAGAGGAACGUGGCGCUGGUGGAGAUCCAGCUCAGAGACGAACACAGCUUCCCCGCUCUCGGGAUUCAGAGUGAAGCAGCAGGAAGGAAGAAAGGAGCCGAGAAGAAACGAUCUCUGAGAAACAAGACGAUGAGUCCAGUUGAAGACGUCAGAGCGUCGUCUCCCUCUGAAAGACCCAAAUCCUCCACUCCGCCACCUGCGACCACGACUGCUGCUGCUGCUGCACCUACUACGAUCACAACCACACCCACUAACCCCACCCUCCCUGCUGCCAGACCUGCUCCUGCUCCUCCUGCUGCUCCAUCAGUGAGCUCAGACCCUGAUCCUGCUUGGCUGGGCUCGCUCAAGGCUCCGACACCCAACAUGUACAUCACCGCCACCGCUGCUGCCGCUGCUGCUGCUGCUCCGGUGUCCAGCUCCACCCCCAGCCUGCCACUCGCCUGUGCUGCCCCGACCGAUAAAACAAACACACUCUCUUACGCGCUGGCUGUCGGCGCUCCUCCCGGUUCUCCUCCCUCCGCUGCUACUAAACCUCCCUCCGUCCCGUCAUCCGCCACCCUCUUCUCCCUCCUCACCCCCGCCCUCCCCGCCGCUUCAUCACCUCCAGUCCCACCCGCCCUCUCCUCUUCUUCCUCUCCUCCUCCUCCUCCUCAGUCAUCUUCCUCCUCCUCCUCCUCCCCUCCUCCUCCUCCCUCCUCCUCAAUCCCACCGCCCACUUUCAUCGCUCCCAUCGCUCCCUCUCCCGUCGCCGCGCAGGGUUUCCUCCCCCGUUCCUCCCCGCCCGUCUCCUCUCUCCCUCACUCCCCCAGCCCGCCCGCCUUCCCCUCCUCAGCCCAGAGCUCCUCCUCUUCAUCGUUUAUCCAUCACGCUCCUCAAGUCCACGAGGCUCCGACGGCUGCAGCACAAACCCCGAAUUCGUUGUCAAACAUCGGGGCUCCUCAGACCUUCCAGCCUUCUCUGGCCCAGAUUCAUCCCCAGGUUCCCCAAAGCCAGAGCCAGAUCUGUGUGUCCCAGACCCAAACCCAGUCCUCUCUGGCACAGAUCCAGACCCAAAGUCAAGCAUCUCUACCCCAAAACCACAUCUCGAUGCCCCAGAUGCAGACCGAGUCCUCUCUUCCUCACCUUCAGCAUCAGUCCCACACUGAAGUGGCAUCUGUGCCGCAAAACCAGAUCCAGAGGCAGGCAGACCUCCAGCCCCAGUCUCAGGCCCAGUACGUCCCACAGUCCCAGUCUCACCCUGCUCCAGGAGCGCCCCCGGUCCCCGUCUCCGCCUCUAUGCAGCCCCAGGCGGCUCAGCCUCCUCACCCCUCCCAAGUGCCUCAUCCCUCCCUCUCUCUCUCCGCCUCCCCGACCCAUCCCCCUCUCCAAACCCAGACCCCAAACACCCAGAACCAAACGGAGGCCCCAGCCCCUCCAGCUCAGCCCGAGUCCCAGCCGCCUCAUCCUCCCUCCCACCACCCCCAGUUACAGUCAGCACAUCCCCAUCCUCCCCACCAGCACCACCAGUCCAUCCCAGGAACUGUUCCACUGCAGCAGCUGUCUCAGCUCUACCAGGACGUGCUGUACCCCGGCUUCCCCCAGGGAGAGAAGGGGGACGUGGUCCAGAACCCGCCCUACUCCAUCAGCAAGUCCGGGGACGACCUGCCGCAAGAUGUCAACGUCUUGAGGUUUUUCUUCAACUUGGGCGUCAAGGCGUACUCCGUCCCGCUGUACCCGCCCUACAUGUACCUCCUCCCACUCCAGCAAGCCUACACCCUGAACCCCAAACUCCCCUCUCGCUCCCCCUCUCCGACCCCCCACUACCCUCCUCCCAACCCCCCCGCCAGACACCAGGAGGUGUACCCGCACCCCCAGUACGCUUCCACUUCAGCCUCGGUGGCGCCUCAGUAUGACCACCAUGUUGCCCCGCAGGCCCCGCCCACUGAGCCCCCCCAUCCCAGUGAGCCAGCCCAGAACCCGGCGGGGUACCCCGUCACCCAGCCCCCACCCCACAGGAUGCCCUGGCAACAACACCAGAUGCCCCCAACCAGAAACCCCAGAAACACGAGCUACCCCGUUCGGUACCCGGCCCCGAGUCCUCCGUACCCGACCCCGCCACCCUCAACUCAGGGCUACCACCCGGGUCAAGGUUCAGGACACCAGCUGUACCCCCAGAGCAUGCCCCAGUACACCCCCUCCUCGCUGGGAUAUCCAUCGUCAGCCACCCCUGAGGAGCUCCAGGUGAGCCACAGUCCAAUGGAGCAGCUUCACACCGGCAACGGGGGCCCCAUGCCUGGACCCGUUCCUGGACACGGGCCUGGCCGAAUCCCCGGUCCUCUGGAGGGUCCUGCUGCUGCUAACGUGGCUAAUGCUAACAACAGCAGAACAAUGGUGGCUCCUGGCGUAUCGGGUUUUGGCCUGAAGAAGGAGCAGGGAGAGAGUCUGACCCCAGUGCUGCUGGUCGACCCGCCACUCAACAACACGCCCAUAGUCGCCUGGGUUUCUGAGCCUGAAGUCAAGGAUGUCUCCAUGGCGACCAUUCAGACUCCCAGCAGCACCCCCGGCUCUCCAGGACGUUAUGACCUCAUGUCCAAGAGGUCCGUCGGCCACGGUGACAACAACCCGCCCCGCAUGUACCGUCACCAGCACAAACCCCACAAUCACAGCAAACCGUACGCUUCCCUUGAGACGAGCUUCCCGGCAACCGUUGCCAUGUCAGAUCCUCUGUCGGUCGGCUGCAACACGGACAACACCUGGGAGGUAUCAGAGGGGUUCAAACCUCCGAUGUCCAACCACAGAGGCUUGAGGAAGGGCUACAGAGGAGGAGGAGGAGGAGGAGGAGGAGGAGGAGGAGGUCGGGGGAGAGGUGGGGCGCACAGGAGGAGGCAGGCAGGGGAGACGGGGGCGGGAAUUCAGUUUAGCUCCUCCCAUCGGGGGCGGGAGAGAGGAUACUAGCUCUCGACCAAUGAGAGGAGAGGACACAGGUGUUUGCUUUUCUUCUUUUCUUUUCACUCUCAAGGUUUUGUGGUUUCUUUUUAUUCGUCUGUUUCCUUUUUGUUGUUUUUUUUUUUUCUCGUCCAAUCACUAUUUGUCACUGCUGGGAGAUGCGAUCUGAUUGGUGGACGUCGGAACACUUAAAAAAAAAAAAAAAAGA